AAGGGAGCAGAUGUUUUUACUGCAAAAGUUAAUAUUGAAGUACAACAUGCCAAAGAAACUGUGAUUGCGGCUAUAGAACGAAAUGGUGGAGUUAUAACAAAUGCAUAUUAUGAUGUCGAAAGCUUAGUAGCUAUUAUAAAUCCUCAGAAAUAUUUUGAAAAAGGAAAACCUAUACCACAUCGUAAAUUACCCCCAGAAGAUGCAAUACCUUUUUAUACUGAUCCAAAAUGUCGUGGUUACCUUGCUGAUCCAGAGAAAAUAGCUGAUGAGAGAUUAGCUCUAGCUCAAAAAUAUGGUUAUAUAUUGCCAGAUAUAAGUAAAGAUCCAGAGUUUGAGAUGCUGACAACUCGAAAGGAUCCUAGACAAGUAUUUUUUGGUUUAGAACCUGGUUGGUUGAUUAAUUUAAAAGAUAGUACAAUCCUAAGGCCUACAGAUGAAGUGUUAAAAGCUUAUUAUAAAUCAUAAUGAAAGCAUUACUUGUUGUUAAUUAUUUUUAUGUAUUUUAAGACAGUCAAAUAAAGAACUCACUUUAGUGACUUGGAA